AUGUCAACCUUUGAAGCCACCUUCGGUGACCCCCUGAGUGCUGAUUUCGACCCUGAGUCCCAGCAGGGUAUGAGCCCAAGUACCGUUGGCGCAAGACAAGAUGUGACCUUGGGCAGGCAGGGAGAUGAAGUUCAGCGCGCUGGAGCGGGAGAAGCGUCGUUGGCAUUGAGGGCUAUGGCGGUGACUUCACCGGGUCAGCAGCAAGACCGGGGAUGGGCGCCUCAAAGCCAGGAGCAGCGAGAGUUCGUCAGCAUGAUGACGGCGGCUGGGCAAGGUGGACGUCCGAUGGAGCAAGAGUCUCAAGCUGUGAUGAUGGGGGCGGUGCACGGGAGCGAGAUGAAUGUCGCAGAGGCCGCGGCAUGGAGCGUGGAAGCGUUCUCGACGAGACGUGCACUGCCGAGCUGGAUGCAGCGGAUUGGGACGUUUUUCCAAGAGAUGAGGGCUCAGCAGGCAAAUGGGCAGAUGUGGCCACCCUCACCUUUCCCUUCGCCUCCGCAGGCGAGGCCUCGUCAACGUGCCCUGGCUUCGUCACCUUCAGAAGGUCCUCGUUCGGAGGGAUCCCUUUUCUCCAGAGAGCAGGUGCAGCAGAUGCAAGAGAUGCAGGGAAGGGCGCCUUUGUUGUAUGGACUCGGUGGAGCGGCUAAGAAUGACGACGCAGUCAUCGGCGGCAACAGGCAACGGGGCUACGUCAUUGAAUAUGCCAUCGGUGUCGGGCGAAGCAGCAGGUCCUGUGUCAUCGUCAUUGAAUAUGCCAUCGGUGUCGGGCGUAGCAGCAGGUCCUGUGUCAUCGUCAUUGAAUAUGCCAUCGGUGUCGGGCGUAGCAACAGGUCCUUUGUCAUCGUCACUGAAUAUGCCGUCGGUGUCGGGCGUAGCAACAGGUCCUGUGUCAGCGUCGUUGAAUAUGCCAUCGGUGUCGGGCUUUGCAGCAGAUCCAUCAGGGCCGUCGCCAUCUCUUCAACAGGAGGCGAGGUUGGCACCCCGGAUGUCAGCGGCGACAACGGACCUUUGAUGAUGGAUGGGUUGAGACACUCCAACAUGGGGACAGUUGAUGCCACUCGUGUACAAGGAGGUGAGGGCCGCGGAGCUUUGGAUGGCGGGGCUCUUGGCGAUGGUGCAGCUGUCCGAGCAAGCGAGAGAGCGCAAUCGGACAAGAACGAUUCACUGACGAGACUAUUGGAGGGACUGGAAAAGGUCAUCUCUGGGAAGUCCGCUAAGGCACAGGAGGAGGUUGGGAGAACGUCAGUGGAGGCUCCGAGACUUGCGGAGGUGAGUGAUUCAGCCUCGGUUGACUUUGGAGACUGGCUACAUUGUCUGGAACACACCAUGGGUGACAUCAGUUCUGGAUCGGCGGAGUGGUGGGCGAUGGUCAAGGAAGCGGCACAGGACUUUUACUUGAAGUACCAGGCGGCGGACCAGUUCGCGAGAAUCACCAUGAAGCCGGUAGCGCCACGAGAACUCCUUGACCAACGUUGGGUGCGCGUAGACCGGCGUGGAGCCAGCAUGUUGUUGAACGCGGUCCCUGAAGAUGUGAAAAAGGAGCUCGUAGCUACACGAACGAAGACUACACUGGAGGUGUUGUGUAGGCUCAUGGUGAUGUACAGGCCUGGGUCAGCGUCUGAAAAAUCACAGUUGCUGAGAAAGCUUGAGGAGCCUGGGGCAGUCAACACGCCACAGGAAGCACUUGAAGCCUUGAGGCUCUGGCAACGGGUGUACCAGCGCGCCAAAGACCUUUCAUUGAUCACGCCGGACCCAUCAAUCUUGUUGAAGGCACUGGAUGGGUUGGCCAAGAAGCCCUUGCAGGAGAAUGCCGAAGUGACGUUUCGGAUGCAACUGCUGAGGUACCACUUGAAGGUGGACAUCACCCCGACGGUCGAGGGCAUCAUGGCAAUCCACCGGGCGUACAUGGCGGAGUUUGAGCAGCUGGCAAUGCGGAAGGGGCCUAAAAAGGGGGGUCCUGCUGGUGGGGAUGGAAGCAGCAACAGCCCUACUGGACCGAAGAUGAGAGCAAUGGGGGGAAACAAACCUGAGGGCGCGGCACCAUCUCGUGAAGGGCGACCUGGGAAUGGUAGUCAAAAGCCGUGUCGGUUUUUCCUCACCGAUGAAGGGUGUCGUCGUGGAAAGUCCUGCAAGUUUGAGCACGCCAUGGACAAGGAGAAGAGGGAGCGAUGUUGGACAUGUGGCAGCAAGCAGCACACCUCUAGAAACUGCCCGACGAAGACUAAGGGAGAUGCGCAAUCGUCUUCAUCGUCUCCGAAGAGCCAGGGCGGGGGUCAGAGGCGUGCGGAAGGCAUACAAGAAGGUCCGUCUAUCCAGAAGGCCGUGGAGAUGUCUGAAACAUCGAUAGCAGGAGCGACUACGGCGCCACCAUCAAGCUCAGCAAGCACGACCACUGAAGACCCUGUGCAAGGAUUGCCAGUGGAUCAGCUCUUGGAGAACGCCCACCGCAUGAUGAAGGCGUUCAUCGAAGGACAACAGAAGGCACCGGUUCUGAAGGUGCUGCAGUGCCCGGAGCGAGCUAUGGGUGAUCUGCCACCACUACAUCUUGUACAAGAAUGGGGUGCAAUGUUGAAGAAUGUGGGUCAGGGAGGCGGUAAGAAAGGAGGAGAAAAGAUGGGCCUUCUUGAUUCGGGCGCCACGCACCCCUUGAGGCCGGCAACAUCACCGAACGAACUCCAGGCCUGCACAAGGGCUGAAGUCACUUUGGCUGGCGACCAGAAGGUGGAGCUUCCGCAGACGCAGAGCGGGGUGAUCUUGGCGGAAGAAGCGCAGCCCAUAGUUCCACUUGGUUCGCUGGUGAAGACGCUGGGCUAUGAGUUCGUCUGGAAUAGCAAGGGCUGCAAGCUGAGGCAUGAGACUCGCCCGGAGAUCCAGGUGUUUACGAGGUCGACGUGCCCGGAGGUCAGAGAGUGUGACGCUUUGAGGCUGAUCGCGGAGUUGGAGGAACAAUCCGUGGAGGCGAGCUUCAACUCGAUGGCAGAGCUUCGCGCUGCCAUAGCGGCUACGAAGAAAAGGAAGCCUGGCGAUUGGAAAAGCUAUCUUCAGGAUUAUGUGCGGGGCGGGGACAAGGCGGACGGUUUGAGGGCCGUCUUUGAAGCUCCGUUCAUGCAGCAUGUGCCGAUUGAGGACAAGGCCGCGGUCUUGGAAGCUCUUCCAAGUAAUUCGGAGGAGGCGUGGAAGUUGUUGAAGAAGAUGCCGAUGAACCGUGCAAGGAGGAGGAGGCUGUGGAAGGCUAAGGACUGGGUGAUCCAUCUCUUUGCGGGGAAGGCGGUGAAGGACGAUCCGAUUAAAAAGAUUGCCGGCGAGGUCCUGGAAAUCGACAUCGGCAUGGGUACGGAUUUGUUGAACAAGGAGGUGUAUGCCUUGCUGCUGUGGGCGGCCACACAAGGAAGAAUCAAAGGCGUGGUCGGAGGGCCUCCGUGCAGGACGUUCUCGCUUCUGAGGCAUAGAAAAGUGGAGGGCAGCAGCACGAGAAUGCCGAGGCCGGUGCGAUCAGCGCAGUUCUUGUGGGGGAUGCUUGGCCUAAGCGAUGCGGAGCAACAGGUUGUGAAGGGGGACAAUCAGUUACUGUUGAGGAUGAUGUGGUUAUGGCUAGUGGCUGAAGCGAGCUACGAGGACGAGGACUGUGACUCUUGGACCUUCAGCAGGGUGGCGUUCGGGAUGGAGCAUCCAGAAGAUCCGCGGGAGUUCUUGGACGAGGAGAGCGAGCUAUGGGAGGUUUGUCCGUCGGUGUGGAGAACCCACUUCAUGGAGCAAAUAGAAGAGCUGCUAGGUUUAGUGAAGUACAGGUUCGAUCAAGGAGCGUAUGGACACGAGCAAAAGAAACCCACGGUCUUCCUGACGAACCUGAAGAUGAACCUGCAGGCACGAGAUGUACGGCGUGAGCAAGGGCUAUGUCUGCCAAAGAAGCGGCGGAAUGGCGAGCACAUCUCGAUGGCAAUCACUGGCCGUACAGGAGCUUUUCGUGACCAGGGGAUUGAUGAGAAGAAGGGAAAGAAGAUGUACCGAUACCACCACCUGGCAGUCCCGAAGCAUCUCCAGUUCCACAUGGCAGUCCCGAAGCAGCUCCAGUUCCACAUGGCAGUCCCGAAGCAGCUCCAGUUCCACAUGGCAGUCCCGAAGCAGCUCCAGUUCCACAUGGCAGUCCCGAAGCAGCUCCAGUUCCACAUGGCAGUCCCGAAGCAGCUCCAGUUCCACAUGGCAGCCUGA